AUGGUCUUUGAGUCUUCGCCCGCCAACAUAUCGGCCGCCCGGGCGCCACUGCCGGGCACCCCGAACAACCACCAUUUACAACAGGGCCACCAGCGCCCGUCGCCAGAGUCUACGACCAGCCAGACGUCGUUUGCACCACCUCCGGGCACAACGCGCGGUGCUUCACGCGAGCGGAGAUUUGGCUUGCCGUCGUUUGGCCGUCGGCGCGACUCUGACCAAUACCAGCAGCAGAAUAUCACAUUAUCACCGUCAGAUACCUACACGCACACUCAUGCUCACCAGCCCAUACCACCACCACCAGCAUCUCGCUCGCCACAACCGCCUCUCCAACAUCAGCCACAGCCACAGCAGCAGCAACAGCAACAGCAACAGCAACAGCAACAGCACCAACGGUCGCAGCCUCCUUUGCAGCCGCUACAGACCUCCAACUACCACCAGCAGCACCAACAGUCGCAGCAGCCCCCAGCCGUGGCGCCUGGCUCCCGUCGUGCCGCUUCUGCCGGUGCUAUCGCCACCCCGACGUCGGCAAGGUCACGCUCGUCCUCCCAGGUGCGCUGGGAGGCGGGUAUGCCUCUGCCGCCGCCACCACCUGGCCCACCACCGUCUGGCUCACGGUCUCAGAGCAUGACCCGUCCUCACCAUGGAAGCGAUCCUAUUGUAUCUGGCCCAACGCGUCGUCCGCCGCCGGCAGGUGUCGCUGUCUUGGGCCCCGUUCCACCAACGCCCGCUGGCUGGUUCGACCAUGACCUUGUCGAGCCGGAAAACGAGAACACUGCUGUCCGUGAUGGCGAUGUCGACAAUUAUAACCACCUUUACAACGACAAUGCCACGCCCCGUCAAGUACCUGAUUCGGUGGCCGCCGCCGCCGCCGCCGCCGCCGCCGCUUCUGCUGCUGCCGCCCGCGAAGACCAUUCGCCGAACCGUGGUUCGCUCGUCGAGAGCACAUCUAGCGCCGCCAGCUCUUCCGCACGCGAUCUGGCCGAGUCGGCUCCAUCGACCAACUCCACCCAUAGCUCGCAUUCGCCGUCCGCGACCGUCACCAACGGCACAAAUAGCUCGAGUGGUGGCAGCGGCUCGAGCAACUACAAUAAUAUGACGCUCGCACGGACAGGUGCCGUGCGCGGCGGUGAAAAGACGCUGCGGGAACGUCGCAACGAGAGUCGGAACCGGGGCGCCAACAGCGUGCGCAACUCAAUCGACGGGGCCGUGAAUGCAGGCAUCAAUGCCGACAGCUCGUCUGGUCCUGGUCACGGCCACGCUCGCCAAUUGUCCAACAUUGUCAUUCCGGCCGCCGCGUCCGUGGGCAGUCUCAUGCGCCGGCCUACCAUCAACAAGUCCACACCGCGCAGUGGGGGCGGCGGACCGAACAGCGGACGGGCCCUCCUGAGCCUUCAACAACAGCAGGCUUCACCGCGCUCGAGCGAUACUGUCACGGGCGGAACCGCCACACCCCCGUUCUCGCCGUACCCUCAUUCAUCGUCGCCCAACAUGAACCGUCCGCACAUGGGAAGCAUUGCGAGCGGCCUUGCGAACGACACCAAUGCCAACGCCGUCCCGAAAGCGCUCCCCACCCCACCGUUGCGCAGCCGCGCCUCGUCGGCUUCGUCCCAGACACGUCGCCAGUCUCAGUCGCCUCCCAACGCCUCUGAUGCCACGACGGGAGCAGGAAGUGGUGACACGCUUACGCGAGAGCUGGCCGUCAGUCAGUCGAGCGACCAGUUCUGCCAGGGGUCCGUUGACCGCUUUCAUGCCUUUGCCCAGCGCGAAGCGGCCGCCAGUUCCGAUGCCGAGCGUGUGCGCCUCUUUGCCGAGUUUAUGGUGGCCGAGUCGCGCGUGCGCCGCGAACGGUACGCCGCCGCCAUUGGUGCCAUGGGCUCCGAGAUCUUUGACCUGACCCGCGACUUCUUCCGCCCCAUGCUACCCGCCGUAGCCACUGCGCCUUUUGCAGCCGGUGGUAGCGGCCGUCGUGAGCCCGUCGCGUCUCAGGGUAGCGCCGAUGACAGUGCAGGGACCAGCGCCGUCGAACUCACGCCACAAUCGUCCGAGCCCAGUCACUCGCACCGUGGGUCCGUGGCCUCUGUGUUCCGCGAGGGGCCGGCGUCGGCACCGCUGGUCGGCCGUGAGACGGCCUCCUCGCCUGACGACAACGUCAACUUCGACUCGGCCAUUGAUAGCAGCAGCACGCCAAACAGUGCCCACCUGCCCAUGUCGCCGUCGGGCCAACCACCAGGCUGGGGCGCCCAGGCGAACUAUAUGCCGAGCCUCUCGCCUAUUCUUAGCAUGAGCGUCAGCGAACACCCUGACGACAAAAGUUCCCGUGGACGGACGGCCAGCCGCUGGUGGGAGUCGAGCGACAACGGAGGCGAGGGACGUGACGGGCGCGGUGGUCGGCGUGACGACUCGGGCGACAGGCUGGCCCGCUCCAAACGCGAAUCCAAGUACAUGGGCGUGCCCAAGGAGGCGCGCGAGGCGCUGCAGUGGACCGACGAUCUGCACGAACCAUUGAGCGGCCGCAGCGUCCGGAGCCCGCAGUACGUGGACCCGGGCAUUGGUAGUAGUGGCAACGGCGGACCGGUCAACUAUGCCGCUUACGAAGGAUCGAGCGAGUAUCCGCCUGAGAAAGUCCAUCACCACGCGCAAGCCGACUACAUGGCUUCUCCCGACCCUGUGCGCACGCCACAAGCACCGCCAGCGCACUUCCGCAACUCGUACCUGUCGUCGACGGCUUCUUCUUCGACACCAGGUCUGUCUACGCCCAACACACCCAACGCGGGCUCGGCAUUCCAACAGCCAGGGGCACCAUCCUUGCAUCAGAACUCCAUACCGGCUGCAUUGGACGUCUCGCGCCUCGUUACGCUGCCGCCGCCGUACCCACGCCACCAUCCAGCUGUCAACAACAACCACCCUGACCUCAGCGAGACGCGCGCUGCUGUGCGCACACUUGCGAGCCUUGGUGAUGUUGAGGCGGCCUACGACCAGUGCAAGCGGGCCACAGAGGCUGCGCACAUCGAAAGCGACCGGGCACAGCAACAACAGACGGCCACAAUGCGCGCCAACCUGCAGGAGGAGAUUGCGAGCGGGCGCAUGAGCUAUGCAGAGGCGGCCGCAAUUGAAGCGGAUGCGGCGGCCGCCAACGAAGCGCGCCAAAAGGAGAGCCUCAAGGCCGACUUUGACCGGUUCCAGACGAUGGUUGUGCAGCCGGUCAAUGAGCUGCUGACGGGUCGGAUCGCGCACGCCACUCAGCUGUUUGACGAGCUGCGCAGCCGGCUGUUUGGCGAGACGCGGCAGCCGAGUCCCAAUCUGCCGCAGGAAGAGGGUGACGAGCAGCCCGAGCUGCUCGAGACGCUGACGCUGCUCAAGUGGGUCUUUGAGGCGCGCGAGGCUCUGCACCGGGCCAUCUACGAUCUGCUGACGGAGCGCAACAACCGCUAUCGCGACAUGGUCCUGGCGCCGUACCGCCGCGCGGGCGACACGGCGGCGGACAAGUUGCGGGACGCCGAAGCGUUUUUCGCGGGCGACGCCGCCACGCGCGCCGCGGCCUUUGCGGCCGAGGCCCUCCAGCGCGCCGAGGCGUUCCGCGACGUUGUCGAGGCCAAUGUGGUGCGCGGCGUCGAGGUGCAGCUGUCGGCGUUUUGGGACAUUGCACCGCCGCUGGCCCAGCUGCUCGACCAAGUGCCUCUGGAUCUCACCGGGUUCACCGUGCAGAUCCCCGCCGCCGAGUACGAGGAGACGCCCAGCUACCACGAGCACCCGCUGCAGUACCUGUUCUCGCUCUUGUUGCAUGCCGAGAAGAGCACGCACCAGUUUAUCGAGUCGCAGACCAACCUGCUGUGCCUGCUGCACGAGGUCAAGGAGGCAGCGCUGACGGCCAAGGACCGGACCACGGGGACUGGUGAAGCCAGCAGUAGUAGUGGUACUACUAGCCGUGACGUCGAGAGUGCGCGCCUGACUGACGAUCUCAAGGACAAGGUGCGCGUGGUGCAGGGCCAGUGGCGAGCGGGUCUGGGCGAGACGUUUGAGCUGGUCAAGGAGCGUGUCGGCGGAUGGCUGUUGGAGACGGGCGGCUGGGACGAGAGUUUGGAAGACGGCGGCGUGGGCGGUGUUUGA